AUGACAACUAAUGUUUUACUUCAUAACCAGCGCUUUUGGACUCCGUUAAUGCACAUACAAGUGAAACAUUCUUGUAGCAAACCUUUGUCCGCCCAGCAGCAGGGAUCUUCAUCACCAGAUAGCGCUAAAAUACCGUCACGUACAACGCCGUCACGGUCAAGCAGUCGUGUGCCCGACGAGCAGAUAGCGAAAACGGACGAGAUCAUAUCAAUAUCCUCCGAUGGGGAAUCUGACUUGGAGGAUGACUGCCAUGAUGGGUCGCAGAAAAGUCUCAUGCAUGUGUCGAAUCAGUCAACUCCAGCGAGCAUUGCUCCCGAGGGUAGUAAGAAGCCUGUCUGCCGGAUAACCCCCAGCAUGUCGACCUGGGAUGAAUGGAUUAGGACUGACAACAAGCAAGACGCACCGACUGAUGCAAUUUGCCUAGAAAGGAUCAUGGAUACCGCCACUGCUUCGCUUUCCUGGACUAGAUCUGUGGUAGGAGACACGGAUGCCGACCAUGAGCAGCCCCCAGCAUCGGCUGCUUCCCGACAACAAUCAUUUACGGGCCUGCAUUGUACCCCGACGACACAAAUCAAAAAGGUACCGGCCAAAGCAUCGCCUUCGCCAGGUCUGCCUGUAGGCAAUUGCGACGCUAUCUACACCGAGGAUGCGACGCCAAUGAUGAGCCCGAGCCCGGCUUCUGCGGAGUCUACAACUUCCUCUCUGGCUAGCCCCUUUUGUUCGCCACGAACGCCAGCAUCAACACGAACAUCAACGCCAGCAGUGUCCCAAAGGGAUACCGUGUCACUCAAGAGCUCUUCAUAUGAUGUGGAGCCUAUGCAGGCAAACUCCUCUCCGAUAGCAACUUACGAUAGUAUGAAUACACCCAGAGAUCCAUCUACAGCGCAGUCCCAAUUUCUGGAUGGUUCCAAGGUCGAGCCGAAUAUAUAUGGACAUAUGAAUGGCAAAAAUAUGGACACGGGGUCGAGCAUGUCCCACAGUCGCCAGCAAAUCAGACCUAAGACAUUAAGCGAAGAUUCGCAGUGGCGCGACAGGGACGAUUCACCUGGGCAAGACGGUACCAGUACACAGAGCGAUACAGAAUACUGUCCUUCAUCGACAGACAAUGAAAAUGAAGGCAGCCGCAAUCAGGACAAUGACAAGGACGAAGGGUCUCAACAGGGUUCACGCAAGCGCCGUAAAUUCGGCAACCCUGCUGUAUCCAAAUCGCCUAGUAAACGGAACUAUCCUGAUGCCUCGACCAACGAGCAUCGACCACGGGACCUGCUCUUCCCGGCUAUGUCGCCUCCCUCAACCAACGAUAUCGACGGUGUAAGAGCGGAGUUCAAUAAAUGGGCCUUACAGAAUGUCCUACUACAGCGUACAAUUAUAAACCGCAGAGCAACGUUCCAGUUACAGUUUAAAUGGGACUUGUGCAGGAAACACGGUCACGUAAUACAUUAA